AUGACGACGCCCAAGCAGAGCCAGACCCAGACCCAGAGCCCUGCCGAGGCCUCAGGCCGGUUCGACAGGACCGACUUUGUGCCCACGCACUGGGCGGACCAUGUCCUUCCCGCCGACCCUUUGUUCACCCGUCUGUUGACUCUGGCGCACCGCUCGAACCCGCCGCCCGCGAUCCGCGAUGUCAACGCCGGCAUUGAGCGCACGGCGGCGCAGCUACUGAGCGACGUCCUCCGGCUGCGGCGCGUCCUGACGUCCGCUCUCACCGCCCAGACUGUCGACGACCUUGCCCGCGGCAAGGAGGUCUACAUCAGCAUCCUGGCGCCCGGCGGCUACGAGUUUGCCGUCGCGGUGCUGGCCGUCAUGGCUCUCGGCGCCGCCGCCAGCCCAUUCAGCAGCGCCCAACCCGUCCAGGAGGCCGCCUACUAUGUCAACAAGGCUCGGUCGGUCGCGGUCCUGACUGCCACGCCGGCCCUGGACCUGGGCGAGGCCCUGGCAAAGGAGAUCCGGGCCUCGAGCAACCCGGCGUUUGUGUCGGUGCCCAUCCACACCCUGGAACAGCAGCCGGCCCUUCCGCUCGACACCAUCAAGAUCUCCUCCAACCGCUGGCACGACCCCAACGCGCCGGGCGUCGUCAUCUUCACGUCCGGAACCACGGGGCCUCCCAAGGCCGCGGUCCUGCGGCGAGCAGCCAUGGUCGAAGGCUCCAUGUGCUUCGCCCAGCAGAUCGGCUUGCAGGAGUCCGACGUCCUCCUUCACCUGCUGCCCGUCCAUCACGCCACCGGCAUCUGGGUCUCAUUCUUCCCCUUCCUCCAAACCGGAGCCUGUAUCGAGUUCCGUCCGGGCAGCUUUGAUCCCGAGUGGACAUGGAACCGUUGGAGACAAGGCGGCUUGACCCAUUUCACCGGCGUGCCCACCAUCUAUAUGAGGAUGAUGCGACACUAUCAGGAGCACAUCACGAAACUGCCCACCCCAGAGGUUCAAGCAUACGGCGCCGCCGUCGCCGCAUUCAAGGUCUGUCUGUGUGGAACCUCGGCCCUGCCGAAACCCAUCAAUGACUUCUGGACCGGCCUCAUGCACGGCCGGCGCAUUGUCCAGCGGUACGGCUCCACCGAGAUGGGCGUCGUGUUCAACAUGUCCGUCGACCCGACCGAACACAUUCCCGACGGCUCCGUCGGGCCGGUCACGUACGGCGUCACAGUCAAGCUGGCCGAUGGAGAUGAAGGAGAAGUCUUGAUCAAGUCCUUCAAUAUGUUUUCCAAGUAUCUCCACGAUCCGACCGCAACGGCAAACGCCCACGACCCCGACGGCUACUUCAAAUCUGGCGACGUGGCCCGGCGAGAAGGCAAGUACUAUUUCAUUGUUGGCCGCGCCUCGGUCGAUGUCAUCAAGUCGGGAGGAUACAAGAUCUCCGCCUUGGACAUUGAACGAGAGCUGUUGGCCCUGCCCUACGUCGGCGAGGCCAUGGUCGUGGCAGUCCCGGAUGACGAAUUCGGUCAGCGGGUGGGAGCGGUGCUGUCCUUGCGGGACGACGAGGUCGCGCGGGCCUUUUAUCAGAGAACCGGCCGGGAUCCUCGCCAGAUGAGGCUGGAUGACCUUCGGGCCGACCUGCGAACUCGUCUCGCCGGUUACAAGUUGCCCACUCUCUUGCGCGUGAUUGAGGGCGAACUGCCCAAAAGUGGGACGGGGAAGGUGGUCAAGAAGACCCUGGGACCGCAGUAUUUCCCAUCCAGUUAUGCGGACGACAAGGUUGUUCAAGUUUGGAGCAGGAGCAAGUUAUGA